GUGUGACCGAAAAUUCCAUCCCACUUUUAGUUGUUUCUUGAUCUGACCGAAAAUUCCAGUGAGACGAACAAAAUCGAUCACACCACAUUCUUUCCCAAUUUUCCGCUUUCAGCUUUCAUCAAAUUUAGCCAUGGAAGCCGGAUUCUUCAGCUCUUCAAUCCUCACCCAAGACGAGUUGAAGAAAAUCGCCGCCUACAAGGCCGUCGAGCACGUCGAGUCCGGCAUGAUCCUCGGCCUCGGCUCCGGCUCCACCGUCAAGCACGCCGUCGACCGCAUCGGCGAGCUUUUACAACUCGGCAAACUCCACAACAUCAUCGGAAUCACCACCUCCCAAAACACCCACCAACAAGCCCUCUCCCUCGGAAUCCCACUCUCCGACCUCGACGACCACCCCGCCCUCGAUCUCGCCAUCGACGGCGCCGACGAGGUCGACCCCCACCUCAACCUAGUCAAGGGCCGCUGCGGGUCCCUCCUCAGAGAGAAAAUGGUGGAGGGCGCGUGUAAGAAGUUCGUCGUCAUCGUCGACGAGUCCAAGCUCGUUGACCACCUCGGCGGCUCCGGCCUGGCCAUGCCGGUGGAGGUGGUGCCGUUCUGCUGGAAAUUCACGGCCAAAAUGCUGCAGGACUUGUUCCGAAACUCCGGCUGCGUCGCGAAGCUCAAGUGUGAGGAGAGUGGGGAGCCGUUUGUGACGGAUAAUGGGAAUUACAUUGUGGAUAUGUAUUUCAAGAAGGAUAUUGGGGAUUUGAGAGCUGCAAGUGAGGCCAUUUUGCGGCUCGCCGGAGUUGUGGAGCAUGGGAUGUUUCUGGAUAUGGCGACUACUGUGAUUGUGGCGAGGGAGCUUGGGAUCACGGUGAAGAACAAGUAGCUCAAAUGAGUAUGUCUAUCUAUCUGACUUGUUAGAAUGUAGGAGCAACUUAGCUUUUAUGAUCAAAUUGUAGCUAGUGACAUGUUUCGAGUUGGUUUAGCAAGAAAGAUUAGAAGGUUUGAGUUCUUGUGGGGGUAGCUUGAAUGAUUGACCUCGUGUGGUUCUGUUAGAUAUAAAAUGCAGAAUGUCUCUCCCUGUUACAAAUGGACAUUCAUGGAUUGCUUCAGAAAUUUUUAUUACAGUUAACAACAUGAACUAUUAUUAUCUA